GAUAAUGACCUUCUGGUGAACGUGACACAAUUUGAAUUUAACACAACAUAUCCUCUAAACACUGGUAUGUUAGAACCAAAGCACACACUAUUUCUGUUCUGGAUUUGUGCGCUGCAACAAGGAUUGUCAGAACUCCAUCCCGGUGAUGAUUUAUCCAAUGAAUCACUGCGGCGGGAAUUGUUAGCGCUGAGAAAUGAGGUCAGUCAGCUCCGCCAGGAAGUGAGACAGAACGGUGGGGGUAGAUUUCUACAGAAAAAUGAAACUCAUAGUGAGACGCCGUUUGAAGACAGAUCUCGAAGACUGUUGCUGCCCUUGCCGAUGACGACUUCCGGUACUGCUAACAACUCGUACAGAAUUGCGUUCUCUGCCGAUAGUCCCACGGAUUAUAGCAACCUUGCCGUGCAUCAAACUCUGGCUUUUGGACACGUCAUCUCUAACGUGGGUAACUUUUACCAUCAUUCUACGGGGAUAUUCAACCCCAACGUGUCUGGGGUGUACGUUUUUGAUGUACACAUACUGCAAUGCAUAUCGGGGCAUGACGUACAUACAGAACUGGUCGUGGAAGGCGUCCGUAAAGGCGGAACCUAUGCCGGGGGAUCUUCAACUUGCGCUUAUGGAGGGCAGUUAACUAUCGUUCACGUUAAUGCAGGGGAUUCUGUUUGGGUUCGACUUUCAGCAUCAGACGGGCAUAACUCUUUUGGGUGGGAGACGAGUUUUUCUGGCUAUUUGCUGUUUGAGGAUUAAAAAGGAUUCCAAGCAUUCAACAUCUUUUACCAAAAGUGACAUUAAAACUGGAGAUAAUUAUUAA